AUGGCAGGAGAAAGGGAAGCCUUGAUGGAGAUGGCAUAUCCAGAAGUGCAAGUCUUCUGCCAAAAGCAUGGCUUGAUGUUUGAGGUUAUUGAUUUAAGAUGGGGCACCUUUGAUCACAUGGGCACCCGCCAUAUGUCUACCCAACUCUUUUUAGAAGAGAUCAAACGCUGCCAGAAACUUUCAGUGAGUUCCAGCUUCAUUGCGCUGCUUGGAAAUGACUACAGCCGCUGCCCUAUUCCUCUGACCAUCGGGGAACUGGAAUUUGAGGCCAUCAGAGCACAACUUCUGGAAGAGCCCAAGACCUUGCAGCUUCUGGCCCAAAGGUACCUGAAGGAUGAGAACGCCAUCCCUCCCAUGUAUGUUCUGCAGCAAACGUCUCAGGCAAACCCAGAUGGUGUGGAGGAAGACUUACUCUUGAUCCUCCGUAGGGCCGCCUGCCAAGCAGAAAAGCAUGGGCUCAUCACCCGGGAGCAAUUGCAGAAUUACCACAAGUCAGAGAUAUACCAGGAAAUUGAAGCUGGCCUCUUCAGAUCAGGUGAAUGUGAUGGCCAAAGUACCAUGGUAUUCUUCACAGAAGUGGAUAUGCCCACAUCAGAUAGAGUGGACUCACUGGUGGGCACAGAUGAAGUUGGCGAUGAGCUGCACCCUGAAGAACCACAACAGUUAGCAGAUCUGAAGGCAAAUAUCGUAAGCAUGUACCCUGAGCUGAUUAAGUUUCACAGGAUUCCACAUGAGGUAAAACCCAACUCUUUCCGGCAGAAGCCCUGGCCCAAGUAUUUGAAGGAUUUCUGUGACCAAUUUAUUGCUGCCACCAACCAUCAUGUGCUCAGGAGCCUGAGAUCUCAAGAACAAAAUCUUGGGAAGCCACCUGAGCUGAUUCAAGAGCUCACUCAUCACAUAGUCCUUGGCCAAAAACACAGCCAGGCUUUCUGCUGGCAGCAGAAUCUACUGGAUCACAUUUGCCAGCGCAUUAAACAGAAUCACCAUCAAGCCCAUUCCCCACUUGUCAUCUGUGGGCCAUCAGGAUGUGGCAAAACAGCCCUGUUGUGCCAUCUCAGUGAGUCCAUACACACCACCCUGGGUCAGGAGACAGUGGUGAUACUUCGUUUGCUGGGAACCUCACAGGAUAGUUCCACAUGGAACGGCCUACUCCAUAGCCUCUGCCUACAGGUUUGCUUAGCCAUGGGUUUCCCUUAUACCAAGCCAGUUGGCAAUCCAGUCCUGCUCUUUCACUUCCUGCUUUCUUUAGCUUCUUGCCAGGGCACACGGUCCCUCGUCCUGCUCCUUGAUUCAAUGGAGCAGCUACACAUAACUAGAAAUGCUCACAGAGCUUUCUGGUUGCCAAAAAUCUGCCCUCCAAAAACACAUGUGAUUCUUACUGUGCUUCAGAAGGAAAAUGAAGUUCUGCAGAAGAUGACUGGGGCUCCAGAGGAUUAUUUUGAGAUGGGACCUCUUUCUCAAGAGCAAGUGGGGGUAAUUCUCUCCAAAACUUUGGCAUCCGCAGGGCGCACACUAAGGCGCACUCAGCAGGAGUUGUUCCUGCAAAGCUUUGCAAAGGGUGCGUAUGCUCUGCCAGUGGACCUGGCCAUAAGACAAGCCCAGCAUUGGACUUCAUACAUUGUAUUUGCAGCACCAUCCAUUUCAUCUUCAGCCUUGGAAUCUGCAUAUCACUUGUGUGACCACCUGGAGAUGGUGCAUGGAUCCAUCUUAAUAGCACAUGUACUUGGCUAUCUUGCCUGUGCCCGACAUGGGCUCUCAGAAGCAGAACAAAAAGAUAUCUUGUCCCUGGAUAAUGAGGUUCUCACUGAAAUUUAUCGGCUUCAUCCUCCUCCGAGCAAGGUGACCCUUCGCUUUCCACCCCUGCUAUGGGCUCAGUUAUACCAGGACUUGGCCCAAUGGCUGGAGGACCGGUGGGCGGAUGGCUUUGUGCUAAAGCAUUUUCUCCACAGGGAGUUGGCUGAUGCUGUGGAGCAGCGCUACCUGUCCGUGCCAGAGGAAAGGAUCAAGCGUCACCAGCUCCUGGCAGAUUACUUCAGGGGGACAUGGAGCUGGGGCAUGAAGAAACCCAUCCAGCUACCAUCCUCCAACAAGCCUGUGAGCUUUGAUAGGAAGGUGAUUCCUCAGCCUCUUUGGUUCUCCAGCACCCUUGCAAACCAGAGGAAGUUGAGCGAACUGCCGUUCCAUUUACUGCAAGCGGGUCUGCUUGAGGAGCUGCAAAGAGAUAUUUUGGGGAACGUGAACUGGAUCAUCUGCAGAGCGACUUCCCCUGGUAUAGAGAGCUUGACUGCUGACUUUGCCAUGUGCCUUGCCCAGAUCAGCUGCCCAGAGUUGCAUCUCCUGCAAGAGACUCUACUGCUUCUGCAGCCUUUUGUGGAUAGCACACAAAUCCACGGAGAAGUGAGUAUGAUCUACACGGAGAUGUUGUCACGGCUGUUUUUCCUCAGGCCAUCUUACCCUAAGAUCAUUGGGAAUGUAUGUGAGCAGUGUGAGAGCUGGUUUGGUGUUUGGCCCCAUCCUGUCCUCAUCCCUCGCUCUGGAUUUUUCCAUCCACCUGGAGGACCUCUGUGCAAAACGCUGCCUGAAUUCCCUAAAGGCAUUUCAAUCCUAGAAUUCAACCUUGACCCAAAGUUGCUUCUAGCUGGUUCUCUGGCUGGUUCUCUGAUCAUAUGGGACAUGGAAGAUUUUACUGUGCGACAUGUCCUAACAGGACACUCUGCUGAAGUGAAAUGUGUGAAAUUAUUUGGGAAGGGGUCCCGUGCUGCCUCGGUGGCCAUGGAUCGGACAUUGCGCUUGUGGUGUCUGGAUUCUGCCAGGGAGGAAUUCUCUAUCCACAAUGUUCACCCUGGAGAGCUGAGGUGUUGCCAGCUGCACAUUGAUGAAAAGAAUCAGAUGAUAUACUGGGCAUCAGGUUUAGAGGUCAGCGCUUGGCAUCUGGAGACAGCUGUACCCAUUUUCCAGAUCUGUGCUGAGCCUCCAGACCAGUGGCUCUGUGGAACUGUGUUUGUACCAAGGCUGGUGGUUGUGACGGUAUCUGAACGGGGUGUCUUCUGCCUGUGGGACAGCAUCAGCGGACAGCUACACUCCAAGCAGGAACUGAUAGGGCUGGAAGAAGAGACACCAACAUGCAGUGUAUUGCUCCACACGCUGGGCAGGAUGGUGGCCGGCUUCAGCAAGGGCUCCCUCUUGAUGAUCUCUUCUGAUGGACAUAGCCUCCUGGAAAAGCUCCCAGGAAGGAUCAGCUUUGUGGUGCUUUCAAAAGAUGAAUCUCUCCUGGCAACAGGAAAGGAGCAUGAUAAAUUGGAUGCAUCGGCUCCAGUCCAGUGUCUGGAAGUGGCUGAGCAGAAGAAUCUUCUCUUUGUUGGACUGGUUUCUGGAACAGUGCUGGUAUUUCCCUUGGAUUCCAGGCAAGAUGUUGGUUGCAUCCCUCCAGCAGAGAACCGAAAGCCUAUCUGCAACCUGGCACUCACUCAGAAUGAAGAUCAGCUGGCAGUUGCCUGUGAUGAUCUUGUGCAGGUAUUGGAUCUGCAUCAGGAAGAACAGGGUCUCUUGAUUGACCGGCCGGCUUACACCUUUUACACCCAGAUCCCUGGAGCAACAAUUUCUAGUGUGGCUCUUCUGUCUGGAUACCGAGUGCUCUAUGGAAUGACCAAUGGGGAGCUCUUCACGUACUACUGCUUGGAGGCGCACGUGUUCCCACUAGAAGCUCAUGGGAACUGCAUUACCUGCCUGAAGACCAGCCAUGGAGAGAAAUGGCUGCUGAGUGGUUCAGAAGAUUCACUGCUGUGUCUCUGGGAUGUUCAGCUCUGCUCCUGGGAGCACCAGAUGUUUUUCCAGAAGCAAGAUUCCUUUUCCCAUGGCAUUAUCUGUGCAUGCUUUUCAAAGGAUGACCAGUACUUGUUCACCAGCUCUUUGGAUCAGUGUGUUACAGUGUGGGAUGUCUCACGGGGGGCCCUCUUAGCAGUUCAGUUUGUGCAUGCAAAAAUUACCAGAAUGGUGUCAACAGGUGAAGGCUUUGUUGCAACAACACAAGUUGGCUACCUCAUGCGGGAGAGAUUCCGCUGCCCACAGGUCAUCAACUCUCACCCUGAUCUGCUCAGCAGUGUUAAAGCAACGUACACAGUGAAAUCUCAGCCAAAAGAGAGACAGGAUCCAGGAGAGAUUCGGGGAAAUCUAAGGAACGCUCAAAGUGUCACCAACAAGCUGUCACAGAUUUGUAGGAUUGUGUGA